AGUGUCAAUGUGCGUGUACUAUUUAUUUAUUUAUUUAUUUUUUACAUUUUUGCAGGUCGCUAUGACAUGUCCCUGCCAGUUAUGACUUGCAGAACAUGUCUUGCAUCAUGGACACCUGAGGUAGGGGACCUGCUGUGUAGUGGUUACUGGCGAGGCACUGUUGAGUUUCAAACUAUAUACCAGCUAGACAUUUUCACAUCUUUUGAGGACCUGAAGAUCACUGCACCUGGGCUUUCAAGACAAGCAUUUGUGAAAAUGUUACAACAGCGCUCACAACAAUUUGGAAGGCAUUCCUUGAAUGGACAUACUGUCGUCAUGAAAGAGAAAAACUCUGCGGCAUUGACCACUUCUCUUGCCCAGCUUGCACACCAGAUACAGUUGCUGUGUCUGCAGAUGGAAACAGAAAACUCUAUAGAUUCAGCAAAACAAAGGGGGCAGAGGAACAACCAUUUUUUUGAUGGAGUUUUUCUGGCCAAUGACAAAGAUGUAGCAACAUUUGUUGAUUGUGUUCAUGAGAAGACCAAGCCAGUACAUGGAAAAGGCAUCUGUGGAACAUCAACAUGGGCUGCAGCCAGGGAGACCUCUAAGAAGACAAACAUCAAAUGUGAUGAAGAGGGCCUAGAGGUGGCAGUGCAGUGGGGUGGCAAAAACCAAAUAGGGGCAGGCACUACCAUUGGUGAAGAAGUUGAACAAGUAAACAGCUUUUUGUCCCGUGUGGCUCUAACUACAAAAUAUAUGAGUAAGGCUGCACGAGUAGAUAUGAUCACAUUGCAUGCCAGAGGAUGGAAUGAGCGAAAAAAAAGAAAGAAACCUGCACAAGUACUUGUCUACACGGUACUUGAAUCUCCAGAUGACCUCAGAACAGAUGAUCCAGUGGCAUUGCAACAUCUGAUUGAAGGACUAUUCUUGGGCAUCCAGCAGAAAAAGAGGGAUCUGUAUCGAGUAACCGACCAUAACAAACAGCGACACAAGAUCCGAAGACGGAUUAGAGAGGAUAAGAAAAAGCUGUUUAAUGCCAUAUCCCAGUACAAUGAUCUUUCAACCACCACAGAAUCUGUAGCAGUUUUUGAGAUUUCAGGAUUCCCCCAUUUAUUAAGAUAGGUCUUCUAGGAGCUGCCCGGAGGCGUUGCAAAUUAAAUAUGGCCGCCAAUGAAGAGACUUUCCUCGAAAGGGAGUUCAAAUAAAAAAAAAAAAAGAAAGAAAGAAAAAAAAAGAAAAGAAAGGGAGUUUGUUUUAAAAUGACUUAUUUUCAUUUAAUUUUUUUUUAUGAUUUAAUUAAUUGUCAGCUUUUCAUUAAACUCACAACCCCUCUGCAGUUCCUUUACGAACCCUAGUUUGGGAAACCUUGAUGUAAUAAUGUUUAAUGCACUUCAUGUUGUAAAUUACAAUGAAUGGAACAGGUUUUCUUACUCUUUGCAUUUUUUACAUCAUUAUGGUACAAGAUAAUGCUAUUUAAAUCAAUGUGAUAAACGAGUUAAACGGAUUACGUUACUGACUACAAUUUUUGUCAUGUAAUCUGGAAUCACUAACGGAUUACAAUUUGU